AUGGCUCUCGCUCAGCAGCAGCAGCGCGUGGCGGGCAGCAGGCAGGGGCAGAGGCAGGCCUUCAGCGCCCGCGCUCCAGGCAGCGCCCUGCGUGCUGUGAAGCCCGCUGGCAUGGGCCGCAGCCUGCGUCUGGAGCGCGCUUGCCUGGUCCGUGCCACCGCUGAGGAGCAAGAGGUCAAGCAGGUUGUCGUGAACCAGGCCUCGGCCCCAGCAGACGCAGAGGACAACUGGAUCCCUGUCUGCCGCCCUGAGGACCUCCCCAAGGGCGUGCGCAAGGAGUUUGACGUGAACGGCCUGUCGGUGCUGGUGUUUUGGUACCGCAAUGCACUGUACGCCAUCGAGAGCCGCUCCCCCGCUGAGGGCGCGUACGCCGAGGGCUUCAUCAAGGCCAAGUUCACGCAGGACUACGCCAUUGAGUGCCCCUCCACCGGAAGCCUGUUCAGCCUGAAGGACGGCUCCAUCGUCAGUUGGUACCCCAACAACCCCGUGCUGCGCGCGCUGACGCCCACCAACACCUGCCGGCGGCUGGAGAUCUACCCCCUCAAGAUCUCGCAGGACGCGGUCUACGUGGACACCAGCAACGCGCGGCUCGGGACGCGCGCGCAGUCGGGCCGCGGCGGCGCGGGCACCUCCCUGGAGGACAACAAUGUGUUCAGCGUGCAGCCCACAGUGUACUUUGAGGGCCAGGACCCCACUGUGGAGGCAGCCAGCGUCUACUCAACGGGGCCGGCCGCUAAGCUGGACCCCGCCACCGUGACUGUCGGCAUCCUGGCAGUUGGCAUCGUGGGCGUCGCGGGCACAGCCACAGCGCUCUACUACGAGAGCGUGGCCGCCCUGGCUGGGUUCUGGGUCGUCCUGGGCGGCCUGGCGGCGGUGGUUGGCUUCAACUACGUCAACAGCACUGUCAAGGACGACGGCUCCCCGCGGCAGUGA